AUGGAGGACUCGCAGUUGCCACUGGUGCGCUCGGCGGAGAAUGCGUACGAUGCAUGGUCGCGUCUGGACGGACACUACGAGAAGAAGAGCUUGGUUAAUAAGCUCCUUCUUCGUCGCCGUUUCUUCACGACAAUGAUGGGAGAAGGUGGUGACGUGCUAGAGCACAUCAACAAGCUCAAGACCCUGGCGGAGCAACUCGACGCGGUUGGUGCUCCGGUCAGCGAAGAUGACUUGGUCAUCACUCUUCUGGCCAGUCUCAGCGAGUCCUAUCGAUUCCUGAUCACGGCGCUGGAGUCAAGAUCCGACUCGCUGACAUAG